AUGAACAUCAAUUUCAGGCAUACGCUCAGCCUUCUCCUAGUGGGAAUCCUGGCAAUCCUUGGAUGCCUAUCUAGCGUACAAGCACAAGAGAAUGAUUAUGGAACUGUUAUCGGUAUUGAUCUUGGUACCACUUACUCUGCUGUCGGUGUUCUCCGUGGUGGCCGCGUCGAUAUCAUCGCUAAUGAACAAGGAAACCGUAUUACUCCAUCGUGGGUCGCUUUCACAGACGAAGGAAGACUCGUCGGUGAAUCUGCAAAGAACCAGUACUCUCAAAACCCUACAAACACUGUUUUCGACGCUAAGCGCUUCAUCGGUCGCAAAAUGGAUGACCCAGACAUGAAACGCGACGUAAAGCACCUUCCUUUUUCAAUCAAAUCAAAGCAAAACAAGCCUUCGAUUGAGGUUGAAUGGAAGGGCGAUGAUAAGUCUUUCCAACCUGAAGAAAUUUCAGCUAUGGUUCUCGGUAAAAUGAAGGAAACUGCUGAGCAAUACCUCGGUACUUCUGUUACUCACGCUGUCGUUACUGUUCCUGCCUACUUUAACGACGCUCAACGUCAAGCUACAAAGGACGCUGGUACCAUCUCUGGUCUCAAUGUUCUCCGUAUCAUCAAUGAGCCAACCGCCGCUGCAAUCGCUUAUGGUCUCGACAAGAAGGAUGACAAAGAAUCUCGCAUUCUCGUCUUCGAUUUGGGUGGUGGUACUUUCGAUGUCUCAUUGUUAUCCAUCGAUGAUGGUGUCUUUGAAGUUUUGUCUACUGCUGGUGACACUCACCUUGGUGGUGAAGACUUUGACAACCGUGUUCAAGACUACCUUGUUAAGCAAUACAAGAACAAGACUGGCCAAGACCCUUCAAAGAACAAGCGCUCAAUGGGUAAACUGAAGCGUGCAGUUGAACAAGCAAAGCGUCAACUCUCCUCACAAGCAUCUACAAAGGUUGAAAUCGAAGCCUUUUUCCAAGGUGAUGAUAUGGUAGAGACUCUCACUCGUGCCAAGUUUGAGGAAAUCAACAACGACCUCUUCCGCAAGACUUUAAAGCCAGUUGAACAAGUUCUUAAGGACGCAAAGGUUAGCAAGACUGAAGUUGACGACAUUGUACUCGUUGGUGGUUCAACCCGUAUUCCAAAGGUUCAACAACUCCUCCAAGACUUCUUUGACGGUAAGCAACUCUCAAAGGGCAUUAACCCAGAUGAGGCUGUUGCAUACGGUGCUGCUGUUCAAGGUGGUGUUCUCUCCGGUGAAUCAUCAGCUGACGAUAUCUUGUUGAUUGAUGUUUGCCCACUUACUCUCGGUAUUGAGACAACUGGUGGUGUGAUGACCAAGCUCAUUCCACGUAACACUCAGUUGCCAACCAAGAAAUCACAAAUUUUCUCAACUGCAGCAGACAACCAACCAACUGUGUUGAUUCAAGUUUAUGAAGGUGAAAGAUCGAUGACCAAGGACAACAACUUGCUCGGUAAAUUUGAACUCACUGGAAUUCCACCAGCACCACGUGGAUCACCACAAAUUGAAGUAACAUUCGAAUUGGAUGCUAAUGGUAUUCUCAAGACAACUGCAGCAGAUAAGGCAUCUGGUCGUUCAGAGUCAAUCCAAAUCAAGAACGAGAAGGGUAGAUUAACACCAGAAGACAUUGAAAGAAUGAUCCAAGAAGCAGAAGAAUUCGCUGCUGAUGAUGAGGCACAAAAGUCAAAGGUAGAAUUGCGCAACAACUUUGACGGAUUCAUUGGAACCGUCAGAAGUCAACUCAACGACAGCGAAGGAUACGGUGGAAAGUUGUCUAAGGAAGACAAGCAAGCAUUACAAUCAGAGUUGAAGGAUGCUGAAGCAUGGAUCCAAGAGCAAGGACAAUACUCAGAACCACAAGAGAUUGAAGACAAGCUUUCGGAGGUACAAGCAUUUGUGUCUUCGAUAACUUCAAAGUUGUAUGAAGAAGGUGGACACAGCGACCAUCACCACGAUGAACUCUAA